AUGCUCUCCUUCUACACCGGCAUGAACCCCGGCGAUGUUCCAGGCAACCUGCCCGAUCCGUAUUACUGGUGGGAAGCCGGAGCCAUGUUCAACGCUCUCAUCGAUUACUGGUUCUACACGGACGAUGACACCUGGAACGAUAUCACGAUGCAAGGGCUGCUCUGGCAAGCAGGCGACGACGGCACCUUUAUCCCCGCCAACCAAUCGCGCACCGAAGGCAACGACGAUCAAGCAUUUUGGGCUUUUGCCGUGAUGUCUGCUGCGGAACGGAACUUUCCCAAUCCCCCGGACGAUAAGCCCGGCUGGCUCGCCAUGGCCCAGGCCGUCUUCAACACCCAGGCUGCGCGGUGGGAUACGGAUACCUGCGGCGGAGGGCUAAAGUGGCAGAUCUUCACGUGGAAUAAUGGGUACAACUAUAAGAACACGAUCUCGAAUGGCUGUUUUUUCAACCUCGCGGCGCGUCUCGCUAAAUACACCGGUAAUGACACCUAUGCAGAAUGGGCCGAGCGAGCGUGGGACUGGACCUCCUCGGUCGGACUGGUGACGGACGACUAUCGGUUCUGGGACGGCGCAGACGACGACAAGAACUGCACCAAUUUCAAUCGCAUCCAGUGGACGUAUAACUCGGGGGUGUAUCUCCUCGGGGCGGCGACUAUGUAUAAUUUGACCGACGGGGAUCCGCUCUGGAAAAAACGCACGCAGGGCAUUCUCGAUGCUUCGGACAUUUUCUUUGUCAACGAGCCGAAGAAUGUCAUGUACGAGCGAGCCUGUGAACCGGUCGAUACCUGCCAAGUCGACCAGCGCUCUUUCAAGGGAUAUCUCGCGCGCUGGAUGGCCGCGUCCACGCAGAUGGCUCCCUUUACAUUCGAGCAAGUUAUGGGUAAGCUGCGGCCGUCGGCGAGCGCAGCGGCAAGAACUUGUACGGGCGGGUCAGACAAGGCCAGCUGUGGGCUCAAAUGGAGUUCAGGGGAGUGGGAUGGGAUGAAAGAUGUCGGAUUGCAGAUGAGCGCUUUGGAGGUGAUGCAGUCAACCCUCAUCAGUCGUGUGGAUCCGCCGGUGACAAAUGACACCGGAGGCACCAGUAAGGGCGAUCCUGGAGGGGGGUCUGACCCGCCUCUUCCGGUUCCCCAUGUUCUCUCCAUGAGCAUCAGCACUGCAGAUCCCGGAGUAGUCAUAAAUGAGGGUCCCAAUUUCGAGGUGCGAGUGGAAAUGGUCCCAGUUCCUGAGCCAGGUCCGGAUGACAUCUUAAUUCGGCUGAACGCAACUGGACUCUGUCAAUCGGACAUCCACGUGAUGAAAGGGGAUAUCGGCGCUCCUCCAAUGUCAACGUUCGGGGUUCGCUCGCCAGGCCACGAAGGAGCCGGAGUAGUCGUUAAAGUUGGACAAAAUGUGAAGAACUUCAAGUUGGGCGACCGGGCGGGGAUCAAACCAAUGAUGGACACAUGCGGUGCCUGCGACCCAUGCUGGAAUGACCAAGAGCCACACUGUGCCGCCGGUGUGCAUACGGGACUUAUGGUCACAGGCACCUACCAACACUACAUUGUAUCGCCUGCUCGAUACGCUUCCCCAAUCCCCGACGGUAUCCCAGACAUAGUUGCCGCGCCCAUCAUGUGCAGCGCAUCCACCAUGCACCGCUCACUGACGGAGUCCGGCCUGAAGCCCGGCAACUGGGCCGUUUUCCCCGGCGGCGGGGGCGGCGUAGGAAUUCAGGGGGUACAAUUGGCGAAGGCAAUGGGAAUGCGGCCAAUCGUGAUAGACACGGGAGCAGCGAAGCGAGCGCUGGCACUAGACAUGGGGGCAGAAUCCUUCAUUGACUUUGCCGAGGUCCCGGAUGCCGCUGCAGCCGUCAUUGAAAAGGCAGAUGGCAUAGGGGCGCACGGUAUUUUUGUCACGGCACCCGCAGCUUACAAGACGGCCUUUUCCUAUGUUGGCAAUCGUAUUGGCGCGGUCCUCAUGUGCAUUGGGCUGGCCCCAGUCGGUACUAUGACGCUCGGCGAAGAUCCCAAUACGUUUAUCUUCAAGAAGUUGACCGUGAAAGGUACGCUGACUAGCAGUCGCAAGGACACGGCAGCUUGUCUGGAUUUUGCCAAGCGGGGACAGCUGCGGCAGAUCAGCGAGGUCUAUGGAAUCGAUCGAUUACCAGAAGGCGUGGAGAAACUGCGCAAAGGGCAGGUGGCCGGUCGAAUCGUGGUGGACUUUAACUUGAAGGAAUAGCCACUCGGGCAAUGCAAUUGUAUUGUUUGGACACCAGCAAUGGAGCUG